UUCUUAUUUCCCCUUUUUCUAAUUCCAAACCCUAACCCCUCCCCAAUUUCAAAAUCUUCAAAUUUCUAUCAUAAAAGCACAUCAAUCACACACUUGAACAUCACAAAUUCACGAUUUGCACAUUUACUCCAAGAAUUUGUGGGUGAAUCUUCAAGAAAAGGAGGGAUAGGUACCGAACAACCGGUGGAAAUCAAAAGGCUUACCAAGUUGGGCACGCCAAGUGUUCGACAAAAUUCCCGAACCAACUUCCAAAGGCUUUCGACCCUCCGUCUCGCACAAAUUCGAUCGAAAUGACGUCGCCGGCCAAGAAACUCUUAAAGACGGGCGAAACCACCAAAAAAGCCCAACCCAAGGAGAAGGCUCCGGCAAAGGGAAAAGCCGCACCGAAGAAAAAGGCAGCUUCUCGAGGCACGGGAAGCCAAGAGGGCACUUCGAGCGCACCACCACCAUCUCAGGUGCCGGAAGAGCAACAAACCCCACGCACGGGAAACGUGCAACUUGAGAUGGGAUCCCGUGCUAAUCAACACACCAUCCUUGACCGUGUAGUCCUCGAACCGGGAGAUGAGCUUUUGUACGUGAACGUCGAGGCAAAAAGGGAAUUCAUACGUCGCCACAGCCGACCGUUUGUUCCAGAAAGGGAAUUAGAUCUCGAUGGCAUGGAAAAAGAUUCGAUCUUCGAAAACUUUGAUCGUCGACAAUGGAAGUACUUGGCCAAACGACCGGAGGACUACAACGAGAAUCUAGUGAGGCUCUUCUAUGCCAAUGCCGGUUUUCACCCGGGGUCGGUGGUCGUUCUUCGAAACCAAGAGGUGCGCUAUGACGCUGCUACAAUCAACAAGUUUUUCCACCUACCCGAAGUCUCGACCGAGCCGUUUCAACAACUGAAGAUGGCAACGACCUAUGAGGAGCUGAUUCAGACUCUUUGCCCUAGGGGUUCGAAGUGGCAAAAAGGAGAGCACUGGUUCCGUCGGGGGGAACUUUCAAGGGAAGCAAAGGUAUGGAUGUACUUCGUCAGUAGCAGGCUCAUGCCCACAAAGUCGACGGCCAAGACCUAUGCCCCACGUCUUACACUGAUGUACGCCAUUAUGAAGAGGACACCUGUGAAUGUGGGCGCGAUCAUACACGCUGAGAUCCGACGAUGCUUAGGUGAUACCUCUCUAGGUCUGAUGUUCCCUUCCCUUAUCACUACACUGUGUGAUCGUGCAGGGGUCCCCACAUACGCGGAUGACCGGCUCACCAGGUCACCACAGCCUAUCUUCCCUUACCACAAGCUCCAGCCAGCGAGUGGACCCCUAGGCGAGGGCGACUCAGACUUACCAGAUGCGGGUCCCUCAGGUGUUCAUGCGGCUCGACCAGAACAAAGGGCCAGAAGAGGCAGACAAGAAGCAGAACCACAGCUCCCGGAGUAUGUCGGCCAAUGGAUGGAUGUUAUGGAGGAAAAUGUGGGAUGGUUCAAGAAAAUGAUGAAAGCCAUGGCUGCAGCGCUUCAGUGCAGGACCGAUGACAUUGUCGAGCCACGGCCGUUCCCACCACGGCCUCGAUAUGAUGGAGCAUCAACCUCCGCCGCCGACGAGCAAGCACAAGCGGCAGCCACUACACUGGUGGCACAGGCCUGGGAGGAGUACGAGCGGGGACGACCGGAAGAGGAGGGAGGAGCCCACGAGGACGAUCACGACAACUAG